AUGGCGGCUUGCGAGACACUCGACACACCUGCAGCCGUACCUACGACAGCACCAGUUCAUAAGCGAACUCUAAGUGAAGCAGACGGCUCUGUAACGUUGCCACCACCACCAGCAAAGCGACAAUCGAACGAGUCACCCAGCGCAGCACCUCUGGUUCGAGAUCAGAAACCAAAACCCAAAAAGAUUGAGCCAAUCACCGUUUACGUUGUCAAGAGAGAUACCAUACAGACUGCCAAAGGCGCGUUCUAUCAAGAUGAGGAUACCACAGAGACACUUGAAAUUUAUGCAACUGUCGAGGACGCAAACAAUAGAGUGCGUUUGGAGUACGAGGAAUAUGGAGGCGAAGUUGUCGGAAGUGAAGAGUUUGAGUGCUUUAUGACCGGUCCAGGCACGCAUUGUUGGGGCGCUGACGCAACUUCCGAGGAUGAGGGAAUUCGCGUUUACGCUGACAAAAUCGUUGCGCGAGGUCCUGGCUCAGAGCCCGCUAGGAAGUGGACGAAGCCAUUGCCUGAUGGGCAGAAAAGUGAAGAAGAAGAAAGUGACGAAGAAGAACCCGGGGAGCAACACACCCUCGCCUCAGGCGGACGAGUGAUCAACAACCCCUUCGAAGAAGCCAAACCACGAAUCUCAGAAUACACAGCCCAAGAAAUCGCAACACUAGCCUCCAAGCUCGAAAAACAACUCGGUCCCGAAUAUAUUUCUGCUCGUCCGGGAGCUGGGGGGCAAAAGGUUCAUUACGUAGCCGCUGAAAAGUGUAUCCAACUCGCAAAUGAAGUUUUCGGCUUCAAUGGCUGGUCAUCACAGAUCAAAGAGGUGCAAGUUGACUUUGUGGACGAAGAUCCCAGGUCCCAGAAAGUGAGUCUGGGUUUAUCUGUGAUUGUGAGAGUUACAUUGCGGGACGGAACAUUUCACGAGGAUAUCGGUUAUGGCCAUAUGGAGAAUGCGAAAGGAAAGGCGGCUGCGUUUGAAAAGGCAAAGAAAGAAGGUACGACAGAUGCGUUGAAGCGAGCACUGAGAAAUUUCGGAAACGUGCUGGGUAAUUGCAUCUACGACAAGGAGUAUCUGAGCAAGGUUACAAAGGUUAAGGCGCCCCCUACGAAGUGGGAUGUGGACAAUUUACAUCGUCACCAGAGCUUUGUGCCAGCGCCUAAGAAGGAGGACACCUCUGCGAGGACUGUUGAAGAUAAGCCCGGGAAUGCUGUAAAUAUAAGUCUAGUUUCCGAAGAUACGUUUGACGACGAAUUUGGGGAUUUCGAUGAUGCGGAUUUCAGCGUUGCCGAUCCCGAUGGCCAUCCAGACGAAGUCGUUCUUUCUGACCCGCCAAUAACUUCGAAUCAUUUUCAAGGAAGGAAUUCUGUCGGAGCUGGGAAGCCUCCUAAUCAAACCAGAGCCGUCACAAACAAACCGCAGCAAAUGGCUGCUCCGCCUAACCGACAGCAAAAUGGGGCACCUGUUAUUAGUAACGUAGGAAACCCAAACGCACAACCUCAAACACCAAACACCGGAUUCAACAGAUCAAUCGGCAAUUCGGCUCAGGGUCUCCGCCCACAGCCUCAACCUGGAGUCCCUCCACAGGCACAAGCUCAACCUGUCGCACGGCGAGUUCUCAACCAGCCAAGCAGAGAUCUGAACUCAGCACCCCCAUCUCCUAUUCGCCCUAUACUUACUCCUGACGACGUUGAAGUAUCCAUGCCACCUCAAGGUGCAGGUUUUUUUUCCGCACGUGGUAUUAAAGAAACGAUUGGACUAGACGGUAACGCAAAACCCAACGAGCCACUUGGCUCAGGACCCCCCGUCUCCUUACCGACUCAUAUAACCCCAUUCAACCCCCACGCAGAAUCACCUUCAAUCCGCAAAACCCCAGGCGUAGACCAUAAGUCUUCUAAACCUCUAGCUCGAGAUGGAAAGCAUGUACCUGCCUCGACCCAAAGUGCCGCUGCUACAGCUACGGUACCAACUGCUGUAACUCCAGGUCCUGUAACGAGAGGCAAUGUAGUUAACCCGCAGCUAGAUGGAAUGAGGAGGAUAGGGGCGCCACAGAGUCCUAGCCCCAUGGCAAAUAGGAACUCUUACAAGCCGCCUAGUAAGAGGCCUGUGGAUUCCAGAGCGCCGCUCGUGGAUUUGCCGGCGAACGGAGCUAUGGGAGUGGUUGAUCAGGGUGGGGAUAUGAAGAGGCAGAGACUUAAUGGUUGA